ACUACCCUCUUGAUAGAUAUAUUACGUCAUACCUCACUAACUUAAAAGAGAAUCAUCAAACUGUUGUUGUCAAAAUAGUGAGUAUUAGUUUUAGUUCAAAAGCAACCGUCAAAUAAGAUUUGUAAAAUAAAUAGAUGUACACGCUACAAUCUCCACAGCGAUACCUACAACCAGUAUCCACACAUACCUCAUAAACUACGGAGUGAUAAGUGACCCGCAAAUUCCCCUUAAACUCUUAAAGACGACGUUGACACUGUCCACCCUGGGCACCAGGUACCUUGGAGGCCGUUGCCCGCGCGAUAUUCGUGUUCAGCGACCCCAUAAAACCCCGAGUAGCAAAGCUGGACUCAUUUUAAUAAAUACUAUGCACCGAAUGCGUCUUUUUAUUAUAUAUACCACAGAAGUUUCGAGGAUAAGAACGGAAGUUGGGAGAAGAAAAAAAAUUGAAAAGAGAAGAACACAACACAAAAUUUUGGUCAGCUAUAGAAUGAUAACGGAUCGUUCAUUUUUUACAAAACUUUUUUUAAUUAAAAGUUCUUUUAAUAUCUUUGAAAGUAAUAUUGAUUCGCCUGAUAAAACAACGUAUUUGAAUAAGAUAUGAAUGUUUAAAUAUUUUGUAGAGGUUAGAAAACUCUAUUUCAAAGAAUAUAAGGUUGCGGACUGCGGUGCGCCCGACAGCCCGUAUAAUACUCUAGUACUUAUACUUGCCAUCGGGGGGGGGGGGCGCUACCGCACCCCUGGAUAUGUUGUCUGGUGUACGCCCGCAUGCCUUAAUACGUUCCGUUAUUACAGUUGCAACGGUACGUCCCAGACCUGCAAAUAUUGGCAAUACUGGCCGCAGGUAUAAGACUGUGACGUAUUGUAUUUUUCUAAAUAAGGCCCCGAUAAAUUCUGGGCCUAGAGCCCCAUGAAUCCUAAAGACGCCCCUGACUGUGCAGCUACCCUAACAAACCAUGCGAAUCCGACGCCGCGUCGGGGGAGAGAAGCGUGCGUUAGUCUAUCCUAGUCCACCGCCCGGAUCACUUGUCGUAUUCUCAAAGCGACGCUAUAAGGUUCGAGACAGACACGGAUUUAUAAGUUUUCUCAUUUUUUGAACGGUAGGUUUUUGUGAAAGAAAAGUUUUAGCAGCCUUGCGGAGCUACUUGUGAGCAUCGGAAAUACUUAAGCAACGAUGGCCGAUCCAUUAACGGCUAGCAACCUUCGGGCUCUCAUACUAAGAACAGUAGAUGCACUUUCUAGCCAGGAUCUUAUCCUUUUGAGCAAAAUACGUGGCGUGGACUUGAAAUCUCGAAACUCUAGUAGACAAACCGUCUUACAUCUGGCGUUAGAACACGACCUAAUCGAGCUGGUCGAAUAUUUUCUGGAGAACGGAGCGAAUCCCAAUGCCGCGGACUAUAACGGCGAGACGCCACUCCUAACCGCAGCCAAAAGUCGCCAAGCCAAAAGGCUGCUCCCUUUGGUGAUGAGAUAUGGGGCCAAUCCAACCGCUAGAAACGUUGAUGGUUGGAAUGCUCUACAUUACUUAAUACGAAUAUGGACUUCUCAGAUAGAUGGCCACGUCGACCUAGUCAAAACCUUGAUCGCUAAGGGCGUCUUGAUCGACGAUAGAGAGAACGACACUAAGCAGCAGCCGAUACACGUUGCCGUCCAGUAUCGUAAACUCGAAUUGGUGAAGCUCCUCUUGGACAAAGGCGCCAACAUUGAUGCGCAAGCGGAAAAUGGCAACUUUCCGCUUUAUUUUGCGGCUGUAGGAGGUGGUUCCCCAAUCCUGUUGAAAACUCUUCUCGAACGCGGAGCAAACGUUGACAUGAGAAACAACGGAGGUCAAACUGCGUUGCACGCCGCCUGCGAAAAGCGAUUGGCCGACUCCAACAGGCAGUGCAUCAAGCUGCUUCUGGACGCCGGCGCAGAUCUGUUCGCCGAGGAUAACAAGGGCAAUACAGCCGUUGCUCUCGUUAAUCAAAAUUUGAGAGGCUGGAUCUACUGGAAUGGUUAUCUAAACUCAGAUAUUGCUCUGAUGGUCAAAGCCACAGCGUUGAAGAAGAUUUCCUUGCCCCCGUCGACCGUAAUGAAGGACGAGGGGGUCCUCAGGGAGCAUCCGAAGAUCUGGGAGUUUUAUCAAAACUGCAUCCGAUGUGCGGCUAUGACGAGAGAUAUGAUAAUCAUCAAGAACUGCUCAUUGUACGACCUGUUGACCACAUGUCACUGUCGCAUAGCAAAGCUUAUGCGGCACCAAGACUUCGAGACUAGGUUCGAGCGGUACAAUCUAAAAGACUUUUCAAUGUAUGGCAAUGACAUACGCAUAGCCUUCGAGCGCGCGAAACACUACCACGACUCUAUGCUGCAACAGGAGGACGACAUUAACGAGGCUGCUUAUUAUACCUUGCCUGACCUUAUUGUUAGAAAUUUGGUUCGUUGUAUAUUUGACUGCGGAAUAAGAAAAUGCACCUUGAGGCAGCAGUGACAACCGUUAUCGAAUUGAUAUUUCAAAAACGUACAUAUAGCUAGAAACUAGUUUAUAUUAAAUAAAUUUUGUGUUUAUGUAUUCAGAAUAUUAUGUGAUAUUUAGAAAUAAAAAGAUUUUUACAUUAUUACUAAAGCUAGCGUAUAAAUAACAACUCGAAAAAUCCAAUCCCAUCACCCGCUCCUUUUUUACAAUAGGUACUACCACAUCAUAAGUCAGCAGUUAUCAACUCAUUCUCAUUUCGAUAGUUAUUGGUUUUGAGGACUUUGAUAUAAGUACCCGCGUUCGUAAAUUCAAACGCAUUCCCGCUUUUCUCUAUAUGCUCCAAAGCUAUUGGUUAAACGGAUCUCACGUGUCUCGACUUGUCGGCCGUUGCGCCAACAGCUGACGAGCGGCCUACUCUCCAUAUAUAUAUCUCUCUCUCUCUCUCUUUGUUCCCCCCCCCCCCUGCCCCGCAUCGUCGGAGGUGCUGAGGCCGGCAUUUAUUUUAUUUACUUCGCGUUUUGUUGCGCGCGACCUGCACCGCUCCGCGUGUUUACAAUCAAAAUGUCCUCUUGAAAGAGCCAUUAGGCAUAGCUUUGUGCCAGUGUGUGGACGCGUGAGCUGUAGGAGAGAAAAA